AUCCAGGUGAUGAGUGUGAUUGCAGUCCUGUCUGUGAAUAUGGUGACAGCCAACAUGUUACUGAGUGUCUUCUUUCUUUCAGGUGCUUUGGCUGAUUGCCCUCAGAGGUCAAAGCUCUUCAUUACUGCACCACAGAAGAUGGAAGCACUGAAUGGAUCUUGUUUGCAAAUCCCAUGUAACUUUAGUUCUGAACCAGAACAAGAGUUUAACAGCAGCAGAGAAACCUUUGGAGUGUGGAUUAAAACUGACUACAGAUUUGGCCUCUAUCCAAACAAUGAGAUUUUCAACAGUAGUAAGACAGUUAACACGUAUCCAAUGAAUAUUACUGGAAACCUGAGUCAGAAAAACUGCACCACUCUGUUUUCCAGUUUAAUCACAAGUUAUACAGACACAUACUACUUCAGAAUCAUGAACUGGCCUUUCAGAGCAACAGCUGAAUGUAAUCCUCUUCAAAUAACAGUUAAAGAUUCUCCUCCGAGCCCCAGAAUUGAGAUCUCAGGUGAUCUGAAGGAGAAGCAGUCUGUCACUAUAACCUGCUCAGCUUUCACUCCCUGUCCACACUCCCCUCCUAAACUCACCUGGAAUCUCCAACAAGACUCUCACAACCAAAUAGAGGAAAACACAGAUGGAACCUUCACAACUAAAAUCCAGGAGAGCAUCACUCUGUCAGACCAACAUGAUGGAUACAACAUCACCUGUUCUGUCAGAUAUCCUGUGAAUGAAGGAAAAGAUAACAAGACAGCAGAGGAGAGAAAGACUCUCAGUGUUUCAUAUGCUCCUAAAGACACCUCAGUGUCCGUCAGUCCAUCAGGUUUGGUGUCAGCAGGUAGCUGGGUGAACCUGACCUGCUCCAGCAGAGCCAAGCCUCCCGUCAGCCGCUUCACCUGGUUCAAGAACAGCAAAGAUGGACCCAUGAAUGUAUCUGAAGGACCGUUUUACAGCUUCAAUGUGACAGAUGGAAGAGUUUAUUACUGUGUGGCCACAAAUGAUCUCGGCAAUGAAACAUCAUCAAUUUGUCUUAAUAUUAAAGAACCACCCAAUGGAUCUCUACAGUGGGUGCCAGUUCUUGGAGGAAUUAUUGGGAUCAUCAUGCUCGUCUGCCUGGUUGUCUGUGUUUGCAUUCUUGUGCGUUGGAGGCGGGUGAAGUCUACAGAUUCAACUCAGCAACAGAAUCAGAGUCCAACAGGUGAAGAGCUGACUGUUGCAGAGUCAGCAAGAAAAACAGAUGAGAAGGAAGAAGACAUCCAUUAUGGAGAGAUCGACUUCUCCAAGAGGAGACCUGAACCGUCCUCUGACUCAGUGCAGGACAGUGGACAGCAGCAGGAAACACUGUAUGCACAGGUCAAAGUGACAAAGCCAGCAAACAGCUUAACUCACACUGCUGACAGUCCAGAGGAUAUCUACGCUCAAGUGAUAAUAAAAUGAGUUGUUUUGUUUUGAAAUAGACACCAGUACCAUUUCUACACACACACACACACACACACACACACUACCAGUAGUUUUUAGUUUAAAAUGUUUUUUUAACUGUUGAGGCAAUGUCAAAAUGAAUCUCAGUAUUCAGUAUUGUUUUUUUCACAAAUUUGUUUGUAUUUUGUACUGAAAAAAACAUUGUUCCUGGAUUUAAACAUGAGUAAUUGUACUGUAAUUAAAAAGUAUCAACCUUAUAAAAAUGCUAACAAUCAUAUUUCAACUUGAACAAUAGUGUAUCCACAAUAUAUUAGCACGUAAAAAAUAAUGAGAGAGGAAUCUUUUUUGUGUGGGCUCAAAUUCAAGAAGCACUUCUGUGAUUGACACAUUAAUUCUGCCCCCUGCAGACAGUAACACUGUGGUACAAGUGAGCUAUCCUCAAUUUAUGCCAAUCAAGCCAGUGUGUCAUCUCAUUAUUGUGACUAUAAAUGUGUAAUUUCUUAAUUAAAAAUAUAUUUUUUUAAUGCAGACCUAACCAGUAAUUUGAUUAGGUUAUACCUCCUUCUUUUCUUGUGUGUAUACGUUUUACACCAUUUAAAUAUUCUUCUCUCACCUUCAUGGAUUUAUUUUAUUUUAAUUAGAUUUCAUGUUCGAUAUGACAAUUGUUGAUAACUGGUUACACAAAAUAUGAGCACCAGGCUGCACUGUUGGCCACUGUUCCAAUUCUCAAAGCAUUAUGUGCAAACACUUUAUUUGUUCUAAAAAGCUGCCCACAAUCCCUCACUUAAAAUAUUUAAUUCAAAAAGUUAUUAUUAUAAGACAAAUGUCUUCGUAGAACAGUUUCAUGACCCUUUCUGGCCACAGCGCUUCAGGUUUUUUCCAGUUUCAAGCUUGUAUUACAUCUUUCUACACUGUGCAGUGAAAUGCGGAAAUAUGUUUGGUCGUGUGUCCCUGUGUGUAUCUUCCUGCAGCUAAUCUCGCAUACUACUGGACAAAUCAGUCUUACAUUUUUUGUGUGAAAAUGUAUGAUUGUAUGCUCAUGUUCCCCUUGAUGUUGCGAUGAUUCCCCAAGUUUUUGAAAACCUAUUUGUUUACAGCUCUGUUUUAUACCAGCAUUGACUGCAGUUACCUCGCUCUUGUAAAAGGACCAUUGUGUAGGAUUUCAUGGCAUUUAGUGGUGUAGUUGCUGAUUUUAAUGCAUUCGCCUAACCCUCCUGAUACAAAUGGUUGAGCGGGGAAACUACAGUGGCUGUGAAACUCGCAAAAAACAUUAAAAAAUGCGGAAGGCCCCAUCUAGA